CCCGGAGCCUGCUGGGCUCCUCAUCACCUCCCUGCAAGGAGAGGGCCAGGUAGGUCUGCGCAUCAAACACCUGCAGACCCGCGCCUGGCUGGGCCGAGGGGAGAGGUCAGAGCAGGCCCGCCCGGGUCAUCCGAGGCCAGGGGUGAAGGCGCAGCCCCAGGGUAUGCGCUGAUCUGAAAGCGCGGGGAGAGACCCGUCCGAUUCACCUCUAUUUUAAGUGUGGGAAUCUGCUCUCCAGAACCUCCCCUUCCGGGGGCCAGGCAGGGCUUUGGGGUCUGGACUAUGGGGAAGGGAAGGAAAGGAGGAGACAGCAAGAAGGACUUCCUGAGAGUAAGGAGAGCAAAGACAGAGCGGGGCCAGUGGUGGCCGGAGGUCAGGACGACGGCCUGACGGCAGGACUUGGACCCAAAGGGCAGCGCGAGGCAGCGGGCGGGCGCCUGUGGGUGAUGGAAAGCCAUCUGGUGACAGCUUCACGCUGAGCAUGGCCCUCCCAGCCCCGGGCCGGGACCCCUGGAGCCUCCUGGGCCUUCUCCUCUCCCAGCUGUUCCUGGCUGUGCCGCUACCGCUGACCGCAGGGGGCGGAGGGCAGGAGCCCUUGCCCAGGAUCACGUACCACGCAGGGGAGGGACGCAGGGAUCUCAGCCUCUUCCACCAGAAGGGCCUCCGGGAUUUCGACACCCUGCUCCUGAGCGAUGACGGAGGCACUCUCUAUGUGGGGGCUCGAGAGGCCAUUCUGGCCUUGGAUAUCCAGGACCCAGGGAUGCCCAAGCUGAAGAACAUGAUCCCCUGGCCGGCCAGUGACCGGAAAAAGAGUGAGUGCGCCUUUAAGAAGAAGAGCAAUGAGACACAGUGCUUCAACUUUAUCCGUGUCCUGGUCUCUUUCAACGCCACCCAUCUGUACACCUGCGGUACCUUUGCCUUCAGCCCUGCUUGUACCUUCAUUGAACUCCGAGAUUCCGAACUGUUGCCCAUCUCCGAGGACAAGGUUGUGGAGGGGAAAGGCCAGAGCCCCUUUGAUCCUGCCCAUAAGCACACCGCUGUCUUGACAGAUGGGAUGCUCUAUUCUGGCACCAUGAACAACUUCCUGGGCAGCGAGCCCAUCCUGAUCCGCACGCUGGGACCCCAGCCCGUCCUCAAGACCGACAAUUUCCUCCGCUGGCUGCAGCCGGACGCCUCCUUCGUGGCCGCCAUCCCUUCCACGCACUUCGUGUACUUCUUCUUCGAGGAGACGGCGAGCGAGUUCGAGUUCUUCGAGAAGCUCCACACGUCGCGGGUGGCCAGAGUCUGCAAGAACGACGUGGGCGGGGACAAGCUGCUGCAGAAGAAGUGGACCACCUUCCUGAAGGCCCAGCUGCUGUGCUCCCAGCCGGGGCAGCUGCCCUUCAACGUCAUCCGCCACGCUGUCCUGCUGCCCGCCGCCGCCUCCGUCGAGCCCCGCGUCUACGCGACCUUCAGCUCUCAGUGGCAGAUCGGUGGGACCAGGAGCUCUGCUGUCUGUGCCUUCUCUCUCAAGGACAUCAAGCGUGUCUUUGAGGGGAAGUACAAGGAGUUGAACAAAGAGACGUCACGCUGGACGACUUACGGGGUCCCCGAGAUCAGUCCCCGGCCAGGCAGCUGCUCCGUGGGCCCCUCCUCCGACAAAGCCUUGACCUUCAUGAAGGACCAUUUCCUGAUGGACGAGCAGGUGGUGGGGACUCCCCUGCUGGUGAAGUCUGGUGUGGAGUACACGAGGCUUGCGGUGGAGACAGCCCAGGGUGCCGACGGGCAUAGCCAUCUGGUCCUGUACCUGGGCACCGCCACAGGGGCCCUCCACAAGGCUGUGGUGAGUGGGGACAGCGGUGCUCAUCUGGUGGAGGAGAUCCAGCUGUUCCUCGAUCCGGAACCUGUCCGCAACCUGCUGCUGGCCCCUGAGCAGGGCGCAGUGUUUGCAGGCUUCUCAGGGGGCAUCUGGAGGAUUCCCCGAGCCAACUGCAGCAUCUAUGAGAGUUGCGUGGACUGUGUCCUGGCCCGGGACCCCCACUGUGCCUGGGACCCCGAGUCCAGAACCUGCCGCCUGGUGCCCAGCCCCAUCCCGAGGUCCUGGAGACAGGACACGGAGCAAGGGAAUCCAGGGUGGGCAUGUGCCACUGGCCCCAUGGGCCGGAGCCACCAGCCCCAGAGCCGUCCCCAAAUCAUUAAAGAAGUCCAGGCUGCGCCCAACUCCAUCCUGGAGCUCCCCUGCCCCCACCUCUCGGCUUUGGCCUCGUACCGCUGGACUCGAGGUGCGGCCGAGAUCCCAGAAGCCUCUUCCGCGGUCUACAACGGCUCCCUGGUGCUGCUGCUGCAGGGCGGUGUAGGAGGCCUGUACCAGUGCUGGGCCACAGAGAACGGCUUCUCUUACCCCGUGGUCUCCUACUGGGUGCACAGCCAGGACCAGCCCCUGGCCCUGGACCCCGAGCUGGCAGGCAUCCCCCGGGAGCGUGUGGAUGCCCCACUGACCAGGGUUGGGGUUGGGGCUGCUCCGGCUGCCCAGCGGUCCUACUGGCCCCACUUCCUCACAGUCACUGUGCUCCUGGCCUUAGUGCUUUCAGGGGCCCUCCUCCUCCUCCUUGUCUCCCCGCUGGGGGCUCUCCGAGCCCGGGGCAAGGUGCAGGGCUGUGGGACCCUGCCCCCAGGGGAGAAGGCCCCUCUGAGCCGGGAGCAGCACCUCCAGCCUCCCAAGGAAUGCAGGACCUCGACCAGCGAUGUGGACGCUGACAACAACCACCUGGGCACGGAGGUGGCUUAGGCUCUGGGCAGGGCUGUGGCCAUGUAGGGUAGGGUAGGGCGGGGUGCCCAGCUGGGCUGCCUGGGGGACCUGGGGCAGUGUAGCCCCAGGACAGGCAGGAGCACAAAACACCGCCUUCUUGUUGUGCCACUGGUGGUCCUCAGCGGGCCGGACACAGCGGCCUGAACCCCUGUGGGCUGUCCCUCCAUCGCGCACUGGGCUCUCUACCGGGCCGUCCCAGACCCGGACCAGACAAGACCUGGAGCCCAUCCUUCAUCUCCGGCCGUUCCAAGACCUUCCAGAAACAUGCUGCUCCAGGAGCCCCUGAGACCCGGGACUGUUCAGGCCCCCGUGGUAAUAAACACCGAGGUACGA